AUUCCUCGGUCAAGUUUAGUGCGUUGUACUCCUCCCGGACCCGAUGGACAGUUCUUAUUGGUAGGUACGAACCGUUACAUCACCAAGCUUAUGACGCGCCGUCUUCCUGUUUCCUUCAGCUGUGUCUUAAAGUGAAUCUUGUUGGUGGAGGAGAGCUCGAGCAUCAAAGCUCUGCAUCGCGUGCGCCUCGGAGACACACACUCACACCAGCUGCUACGACAUCACCGCCACAGUCUUUCAGUCUCGAGAGGAGAGGAUAGAGGAGAGCGGCGGAAAAUAGCUAUUUUGUGUCUUUUUUUCUGUUCUACGCGCACGCUUAUCACUCACUUUACUCUUGCUUUUCCUUCCCCGAGCAAUUAUAAUAUUCACCGUCUCCUGGGGGAAGACUCCAUAUUCACUUUCAGCAGUAAAAGGAGCUCGCUUUUCUCUUCAUCUGCGGGGUGUCAUUCAGCAGCGGUCCUAGAGGAGUGGCUUUGUGGGAUAUGGCCCAAUAGCAGCAGCCCGUGAUGCCGGACCAUGACAGCGACUCCCUCCUGAGCAGACAGACCAAGAGAAGACGUGUGGACAUUGGUGUGAAGAGGACAGUGGGCAGCACCGCCGCCAACACAGCAGCAGCUACAACCAGCGCCGACAUCGCCUGCGCCAAAGCAGCCAUCUUCAGUGCCAUGAACUCUCUCAAUUCCCACCACCACGGCUCCGACGCAGACUCCACGGACUGCUCCAUGGUGCAGCCACACGGCCCCACUGGGGUCGUCACAGCAACCGACAGCGACUCCAAGUCCAACGUGCUCCGGAAGCUCCUCAAGAGAGCCAACUCGUACGAAGACGCCAUGAUGCCCUUCCCUGGUGCCACCAUCAUCUCCCAGCUCCUCAAGAGCAACAUGGCCAAGAAUGGAGGAGGAGGAGAGAGAGUGGAGAGAGGGGAGAGGGGGGAGAGAGGAGAGAGAAGAGACGGGGGGUUCCCCGGGUCGGGCCUCUCAAGUGGGGGUUCCGAAGCCCCCCAGGAGGACGCCUGCAGUAACUCGUCUCAGGACAGCCCCCAAGAGUGCCUCUCCCCCUUCGGCCGCCCCUCGGCUCUGGGCGCCUUUGACUUAGAGCGCCUCAACGAUGAGCACCUGCGGGCCAAGCGCGCCCGCGUGGAGAACAUCAUCCGAGGCAUGAGCCACUCGCCCAGCGUGGUGGUGCCUGCACGCCAUCUCGGAGAGCGGGACCGUGAACGGGAACAACGUGAACGGGAGAGGGAGCGAGAGAUGGACGGGGACAGGGAGAUGGAGAUGGACUGCCCCCCACAGCCGCCUAGCCCCAGGGGAGAGGUGUGCAGCCGGGAGAACAAGAGGAAGCAGCGCCUUCCCCAGCAGCAGCAGCAGAGCUUCACCCAGCUGGUGUGCCAGCGUAAAGAGCAAAAGCAGGAGGAGCGCAGGCAGCUGAAGUUGCAGCUGGAGGACAUGCAGAAGCAGCUGCGCCAGCUGCAGGAGAAGUUCUUCCAGAUCUAUGAUUCCACCGACGAUUCUGAGCACGACCUGGCCCACGACCUGGGCAACAUGUCUGAGGACAGCGCCGGGAGGUCCGAUGCCGGGGGAGAUGACCGGGCAGACCGCUCCGACAACGAGAUGUCAGACCUGGACCCAGGACACUUCCUGGACCGGGCCAGGGCAUUGCUCCAGGAGCAGGCCCUGCUGGCGGAGGGUAACAAGCCCAGAAGAGAGGGGCUGGUCCGGGGGAAAGGUCCUGGUCAGGGUCCUUCCUCCUCCAUGCACCAUGCGGAGGGCAAGCAGCUUGCUGAGACGCUGAAACAGGAGCUCAACUCAGCCAUGAACCAGGUGGUGGACACAGUGGUCAAGGUGUUCGCCAAGCCCCCGCGCCCUGCACCCCCCCAGGUCUUCUCGCCCCUCCCCAUGCCCCCAGAGAGGUUCGGGGUCAACGGUGAGGGCCCCAACUUCCACACAGCCAACCAGCGUCUGCAGUGCUUUGGUGACGUCAUCAUUCCCAACCCCCUGGACUCGUUCGGUGGCAUGCCCAUGCCUGGCGCCAACGACCAGACAGAGGCGCUGCCCCUAGUGGUGAGGAAGACUCCGACAGAACACCAUCACCAGUCCUCAGCUGUGGGCGCCCACGGGGGCCACCACCACCCUUCCCUGCACCCCUCCUCCCUCUCUGCCUCCAUGGGAUUCAGCCCCCCGUCUUUCCGCCACCCCUUCCCCCUGCCUCUCAUGGGCUACCCCUUCCCGAGCCCCCUGGGUCCACCCUCUGGGGGAUACCCAGGGAAGGACCGCUCCUCCCCAGACUCCAUGGACCUGUCCAGGGAGACCACCAGCCUGCGCACCAAGAUGUCUUCAGUGCAUCACAUGGGGCACCACCACAGGUCGCUCUCUCCCAGCCACCCCGGGAGCACCGCAGAGGGGCUCUCCCUGUCCCUCAUCAAGUCAGAGUGUGGAGACAUGAGCGACAUGAAUGACAUCUCACCAUACUCAGGCAGCACCAUUCAGGAGGGUCUCUCUCCCAACCACCUGAAGAAGGCCAAGCUCAUGUUCUUCUACGCCCGCUACCCCAGCUCCAACAUGCUUAAGAUGUUCUUCUCCGACGUCAAGUUUAACCGGUGCAUCACGUCUCAGCUCAUCAAGUGGUUCAGUAACUUCAGAGAGUUCUAUUACAUCCAGAUGGAGAAGUUUGCCCGGCAGGCCAUCAACGACGGUGUCACCGGGGUGGAGGAGAUGAGCGUCAGCCGCGACUGCGAGCUCUACCGAGCCCUCAACAUGCACUACAACAAGGCCAACGACUUUGAGGUUCCAGAGCGGUUCCUGGAGGUGGCUCAGAUCACGCUGCGUGAGUUCUUCAAUGCCAUCGUGGCAGGCAAAGACGUGGACCCAUCCUGGAAAAAAGCCAUUUACAAGGUGAUCUGCAAGCUGGACAGCGAUGUGCCCGAGGUCUUCAAAUCACCCAACUGUCUCCAGGAGCUUCUACAUGAGUAACCAUCCCUGCCCCGUCCCCGCCUCCGCCCCCCCGCCCGAUGCUUUCUGCUUUUUCAGAUUUUCAUCAUUUUAUUUCUUUCCCUAUUCUAUGAUUUUCCAGUUUUUUUGUUCAUGUAUGAAGUAUGAAGUAGCAUUCCUCCCCAUCUGAAGCCUACUGGGCUGUUCCUAAAUGAUCUAACUAUUGUGUUGUUGUUAUUAUUCCCAUGAUUAGGAUUAUUAUUUGUUUUUUAAAUGAUUCUGCUGAUCUGAAGAGACGUUGAUCCUAUUGGGUGUUUUGGACUGUGUGAACCCUGACCUAUCUGCCCUGAUUGACUAGAAACACUAGGGAGGGAUCCCCACUAUGCGCAGGGAGGGGCUUCCCACUAGCCUGUACCCUACCUACUCUAAGGAGGACCCUACAAUCCUAGUGUGGUCACCAAUAGACUUUGGCCACUACACUACAGAGGGGCCCUAUGUUAGUGGGGUGCUCAAUAGGCUCACCCCACUGUGCAAGGUUGCUCCCUAAUAGGCGGUUCCCACUACUAUGGCUGUCCCAGGGAGGACAACACACUACACCAUGCUGCCUGCAGCCUAAUGACUUUAUUAACUGCUGGACUAUACUGGACUACUAGGACUGGUCUGGACUACUGCUACUGGUUUGGACUGGUAUACUGGUCUGGACUACUACUACUGGUCUGGACUGGUCUGGACUACUACUACUGGUCUGAACUGGUAUACUGGUCUGGACUACUGCUACUGGUCUGGACUGGUAUACUGGUCUGGACUACUACUACUGGUCUGAACUGGUAUACUGGUCUGUACUACUGCUACUGGUUUGGACUGGUAUACUGGUCUGGACUACUAGUACUGGCCUGGACUGGUAUGCUGGUCUGGACUGGUAUACUGGUCUGGACUGGUAUACUGGUCUGGACUGGUAUACUGGUCUGGACUACUACUACUGGUCUGAACUGGUAUACUGGUCUGUACUACUGCUACUGGUUUGGACUGGUAUACUGGUCUGGAAAACUAGUACUGGUCUGGACUGGUAUACUGGUCUGGACUACUAGUACUGGUCUGGAAAACUAGUACUGGUCUGGACUGGUAUACUUAACUGGACUGGUAUCAGCCAGUCCAGAGCUCUACCAUGAUGUUUUGAAGUGUGUUUUCUGCGAGUAGAGUAUUGUGUUUAUUGAGUGUAUAUUAUUAUUCCUGUUGUUGUUAUUAUUAUUAUUUGUCAUCAUUGCUUGCUAAAGAUUGGCACAGAUUUGUUUGUCUCUUGACAACGUUACAGAAAAUAAAUUAUUAUUAAUAUUCCGAAAGAGUAUAAAUUCUCUACAUAUAAUUACUUUUCUCUGAGCAAUUUAGGCAUAAGCCUCUUUCUCAUUUCAUUUCAUAUCCCCCAUCCCCCCCUCUGUCUGUUUGUGUGGGUCCAAGUUGUGCUUGAUCUUCUCUGCUGAUAAGGCAGACACUGGAGGAGGGAGUAGGCCUCAGUCCUGGGGCUCAAGUAAAAACAGAAGGGGAACAUGAGUCUCAACCCUAGGCUUUACACAAAUAGAAAACAAUGCUGUAAAACUGAAGAGGUGUUGGUUUGGAAGAGCACAUGGUGCAACCAGUGGCAGUGCACAAAUGCAGAGGUCUGUAGGCAGCGGCACACACACACACACACACACACACACACACACACACACACACACACACACACACACACACACACACACACACACACACACACACACACACACACACACACAAAUACAUACCACACGCGCACAGAGAAACACACACACACAGAAACAUGCAGCGUGUAACCUUUUGGCGCUGUUGAGUGCAUUAAGACAGACCGGUUACUGUCUGACUUUAUGACUCGUCAUUGUUUCAAGGCCAUCCACAUCGACUCCAGCGUUGAAAUAGCAAUGUCGCACAUUUACGGGCCAUUCAUUCAGGAUUUCAUCAUUCAUUCAUACAUACUACACAGUUGGUGGGACAUGGCAUGUGUGGAUGAAAGGGAAGGCGGUAAUGCUUUAUUUUACAGUCCAAUGAGGAGCGGAAGCUACUUACUGCUACUUCAUUUAUUCAAAAUGAAGGAGAUGUGGUUAUGACCAGGGAUUAAAUGGUAUACAGUGGUGCAUAAAUCCCAGACAAACUAAAGUAUAAUUAUUAGCUCAUUGUUCUGUUGUUACCAUUAACAGUACCAGGUACUUUAAUACCAAGUAAACAUAGGGGUUUAAUAAAAGGACUGGAAAAUAAAGUGGAACUGGGAAGGCCACAGUUUUCUCUGUGAUAAUGGCUUCUUGCAAUGCAAUUUAUCUCAGCAACAUAAAUAGUAAAACUCGUUCAUUCUGUGAUGAAGCUAAUGACAAGGUUAACUAUGAGAAAAAAUAUGAAGCUACUUUCUAAGCAAAUUAAAAGUUUAUUUUAAUAUUUUACUACAAAGCACUGUACUAAAAUUUGAUGGAAUUGUAUUUAAAAGCAGUUAAACGAAUAGAUAGCUAGGUAAAUAAAUGAAUAGAUAGCCAAAUGUUAGAGGGAGUGAGGAGAGAUGGGAGGAAGAGAUGUAUAUUUUCCAGACCAUGUCAGCUGACCAGAAAAAAAAGAUUCUAGCUAUAGCCUAAAACGGUGUCCUCGAGUAUUACCUUGUCAGCUCACAAGGUCAGGCAAAAACGGAGAGAAUAGAGACACACAGAUGUUCAUUAAUAGUAAUUGUAUGGACACAGACACCUUUCCUCUCCUAUGUCUUCUUCUCUGCAAUAUUCACCUGGCUCAGUGCUAGCUGCUCCUUUCUCCCUGAACAAUGCAAGGUUAGAGGUCACCACUCAGCCUAGAGGGAAAUGAACCUCUCAGAACCAGAAAGACAGAGACAAAAGGGCUCUAUUCAAUCUGUCUGUGGAAAUUCAGCGUUACAGCGUGAUUGAAAUUUAAAGGCAAUGUUCCCGCACUGCAGAUGUCAGCUCAAUAGGAAAUUACCUUUAAAUUUCUAUCUUGCAUUCUGUAACGCUUCAGCAAAACAAAUUCAAUAGAGCCCAAAGACCCUAAACAUGGAACAAAACUCACAUGAUCCUCUCAAUUCCAAACAGGUGCAUCUAUAGAAUGUAUACUUACAGAUUCUGACAAUGAUACAGUAUAAUUCCAUGAGAGUCCCUAUGCACAGUUUAUUCAGUUAUUGAUACAUUCAUACAUAAACACCAUUCCUUGAUUCAUACCAGUGAAAUACGUUGACAUUCAACAUUUUGAUCUAGUUGAAUCCUGUUAUCUUGUUUUGUCUGAAGCUACCUGCACUGACUACUAAUACAAUGUAGCAACUAGUAGUUACUUGUCCUUUGAAGUACAUUCUAAGCACUGAAAGAUCACAUAGGCUACUGUGUGUGAGUGAGUGCGUGCAUGUGCGUACGUGCAUGUGUGUGCUAUGUGUGUGUGUGUGUGUGUGUGUGUGUGUGUGUGUGUGUGUGUGUGUGUGUGUGUGUGUGUGUGUGUGUGUGUGUGUGUGUGUGUGUGUGUGUGUGUGUGUGUGUGUGUGUGUGUGUGCGUGCUCGCUGGUCAUCGCCCCGACCUCAGCCACGUCGGCUUUGGUUUGGUGUGUCACAAGAUGAAAAGAAGCAGGUUAACCUGCUGACUUGUAAAGGCGGCACAAAGCGCCUGACAAAAGGAGGAGAGAAAGGCGGAGAGCUACUCCCUUCAUUAUGUUCACCCGCAGACACAGUUCUUCUUAAGAUCCAAGUCCUGAGAGCGGGGAUGAUGGGUUUGUCUGUGUUUCAAAGCACCAGCCAAAGGCUUAAAAGAACCUGUAACACAAAACAAAGGAUAGGAAGGACACUUUUAUCUGAUACACGGAUUAAUAUCACCCCCCAUCCCCUCUCCCUUCCCCCCUACAACCCCACCCUAAGAAGGAGUUCCUGUGCAUUGUGCAGCUGAACAGAUUAUUCCUGACUCUUAUUUCCAAACAGAUUACUGCUGGGUAAUAACAACUCUUCUUUAACUGGAUUAUAAGGAUCUUUGUUUGGUUUCAAUUGAUAUCGAACUGCAUAUAUAUCUUUUUUUAAAUUGUAAAAUACAAAUUUAUUACAAAAAAGCUAAUAGGAGUGAACUUUUGGGAAGGAUCUCUGUCAGGAAUUGUGUCAUGAAGCAUGACGUUUUGAGAGUAUUUUUUGUGAUUUCUUACUUUUUCCCGAUCUGUUACGGAAAAAAGCGAUUUGUUGGUCUCUUAAAAGUAGAAUACAAGCAAUAGAAGUAGUUUGUGCAGGUUUUGUGAAGACUUUUCAUUUGAUUUAUUUGCAUUUUGUAUUGGGUGUGUUUUGGAGAUAAAAACAGACUUGUGUUUCUGAAUCCUUUUUGGGCCCCAUGAAAUGUGAUGCUGUAACUGUACAUGUUGAAGAAGGGAACUAUCGCUCCCGAGUCUAACAUGGCUUGGAAGGGGAGAGCGGGAGGGAGGGAUGACAAAUAGAGAGACAGAGAGAGCGAGUGAGGUAUGAUAUAGACUCUCACUACAUGCUCUCCAACCUGUCUUCCCCAAAGAACGCCCCGCCAUGCCCUGAAGGGAAUAUACGUUCCCCUCUAUGGGAGAUGCCCUUCAAUCUGAGUCAGCAUCCCCUUUCUGCUGACAGAACAUGGCGUAUUUGUCCCUUCAUUAUGAUGUCAUAGUUCCCUGUUGGCAGUGGAUCCAGACUGGCCCACACAAUGGCAUUGGUGUCUCCCUCUUUACGAACCAAGAGAGACUUUAGUGAGAGAAAAACUGGAACUUACUGUCCCCAUAGACUACUGGUGUAGGAGUGGAGGGGGAAACACUACUGUAAACAUACUGUACAGCAGUCAGUUACCCUACACUAUGCAUUGUGUGUAUGGGAUAUAAUAGAACUAGUCUAAAUGCUGGGGGUAUACAGAUUUAACAAGAGUUGUCAUCUUUGUGGAAAAGGGCUAAGAUAAUGUUGAGGUUCCAUGCACAGUUGCUGUGACUGUGUGUGUGCAUGCAUGCGUGUGUGUUUGUGUGUGAGAAUGAGAACCUGUGAACCAGUGAGUGACACAAUUCUCAACACGGAGGCUUACAUUUUGGGAUGGUACUCUCCCCCACCCCUGUGAGUACCAUCCCAAAAUGUAAAUGAUUCUCAUUAACGGCUGGGCGACGUGUGUGUGUGUUUGCGAAGUAAAUUUCCAUUAAUUUUAUGACCUGCUUAAAGGGGGUCUGUUUCUCAAUGGUUUCACUAGUAGUUUUUCGGGGGGCUCUUCUUUUGUAAAUAUCAAUGACGUGGAAUUUAAAGUGAUAAAUACUGCCUUUGUAUUAUUUAGCAAUAUGUUGUAUAUAGCGUUUUGUUUAUGCUUUUUGAAUAACAUUAUUAUUCAGACCUAGUGCAGUAAUUCCAUCUGAAAUUACCAUGGCUCAUAUAUACAGUGUAAUUUGUUACAUACAGAGUUUAGUAAGUUAUAGAAAAAAUAAAAAUCAAAUAUGGCUGAUUUGAGCUUUUUUUC